GCGUGUGGUGUAAUAAAAGCAUGUGUUGUAACAUGCAGCUGGUUUGCGGAACUAUAAACUUACUUCUCGUGCUCGGCAAGGCGGCGUCGAUGCCGAACUCGAGCCCGACUACAGAAGCCAUCCGGCUCGCCGAGGAUCCUGUGGGCAACAGAACAAGGAGGGUGUCGGUGGGAAAAGUGUCAUCUCGGGCAGCGAGGAUUGAAUGGGGAGAUGGUUCCACGGGAGAGGACGGGUUUUCCCGAAUGUUAUACCACGACCUUGCCGACGAAUGGAGAAUGCAAAAACACGUCAUCAUGAAGCCAGAAAUCCGAUCUUACGUCCUGGUCAAUCUGAAACCGAGGACUAAAUACGAGGUGUGCGUGUUCGACCCGAAAUUCGUGCACCCUCCCGAAGUGGACUGCGUAACCUUCAAGACUAAAGAUGACAGCGAGGCCUUCGAGUUCAGGGUCAAGGCUUGGGGGAUCGUCGGAGGGAUCGGUUUGCUGCUGCUCCUGGUCGGCGCGGUGUACAGAGUCGUGGUUCGGUACCGGAAAAAGCGCCGGAACCGCGGCGACAACGCCAACGGGGCGAACCUGAUCACCGUCUCGGAUCAGCUCGCCCGUGAACCCGAGGAGUCCACCUCGGACGGACGGGAACGAUCAACGGUAGAGAUCCUCAGUCGUGAAUAA